AAUUGCUGACUUCGAGUGUGACCUUCCUUUUGUAGCACAAACCAUAAGCCCCCUCUUCCACAUCUCAUAUCAGUCUUAUCUCACUCAAAGCUAUCCCAAACAUAUCUUCCAGACACCGUCAUUGCAAGAUGGAAAGCCAUAUCUCUUUGAAGUCACUAAUCACUCCCGAUCUGCUAAUGCAGAUCACGGAUGCCUAUCUCCCUUAUUCCAAAACCGAAGAUCUUGACUUCUCCAUUGCCCAGUCAGACGCCUUCAGCGCAAACUUCAAGAAAGUAUGCCAAGAAAGCAAAGCAAGAGAUGCCCUCAUAGCUCUCAGUCACCUCAGUGACAAUGGAAUACUCCCUUCCCCUGAAGAACUCGACCUUAUGUCUUUUCUCCCCAAACCGUCCUCCCCCGAAUUCCCGCAACAAUGCUUUGGACUCCAACUGCUUCUUGACCAAGCAUCUAGAAUCCUUCUAACUGGAAUCGAAGCCCGUUGGCAAGUUGCGUACUUUGGACCUUUGGCAAGACGUCUCGCCGGACAAUGGUAUGCACUACCGCAUCAUCUACGUCCGCAUACAUGGCAGAGAUGGAAAGACGAUGUAGGCGUCACUAGCUUCAGUUAUUGGGUUUCAACGCAAGUCAUGUGGGCUGCUCCUUUUCUGCAUGCCGAAGAUCUAGGGAGUCAAGACAUCGGAUUAGAGUUGUCAAACGAUUUACGUCAAGGUGUCGAAGAAUACACGGGAACACAAGAUCCGCACCGGGAGACAAGAGGCAAGACGCUGAAAGAUGAACUUUUAUUUAUAAGAGAGGUUGUAAAAAGCCCGCCAAGAGACGAUGAUAACUCUAUUAGUAUGGAAGCCUGGACGUACUGGUGGUGCAUGAUUCUAGACGCUCACUGGCCUAUUAUUGCGCGAUUUGGUCGCUAUCCUUAUCGAAAUGCAGCUUUUGGCCGAGUUAGUACAAAAGAGGAGGGGAAAUGGUUGGAUGACAUUAAUCAUUUCUCCGAAGCCUCUCCUGAAGUCGCUAAGCGCAUUCAAGAAGAUGUAGAGAAUGGUCGAUGGACUCCCAUUGGAGAGAGUUGAUCUGCGGUAUUAGAUAUUUAGGCUGGGCUUUAUGUAUCGAGAAGCAGAUGAAGCUGUCCCGUGCGAGUCACCUUCAGAUGAGCUGAGAUUCGCCUACCUCUUCAGAGCUGAUGCCAGAGACUUAAUUAGGGUAACAGCACUCAAAAACAGAGAGCUAUAGAUCACUGAAUUUUGCAAGUUCAACGCGGCGUGAGGUUGUAUAUCUCAACUUUUUGCCCUGGUUACUUGAAUAUAACCGCUUCCCUCAGCCUAAGUAUAUAACAAGUGAG